AAUGUCCUUAUCGAAACCUUACCAACUGGGAGGUUGGGACUUCCGAGUGUUGCUAAACCUGUCCUAUAUGUCACUGAUUAUCUCCUCAUUCUAACCAAACUCAAUCGCUGGACGAAAACGUACACCUCCACUCGCCCGAUGACCAUUCAAAAGAACUCCUCGGACAGAAAUGACAUCACAUUCUUAAUUCGAUGGCUUGCUGAAAAUGAUCUCCGAAUCCAAUUCGAUCAGUAUCAGGGAAAACCCAAGAUAGACUUACUGCGUAUGGUUCGAAUAUUUCACGGAAAGCACGAGGAAGCGGUAGAGUUAAUGGAGAAGUUGAGGAGGAUCCUAUCACCAUCAGACUGGGACGAGAUGGUCGCACUUCCCCUGCCGAAUGACGAGUCGCUGGUUCCUCCAACAGAUUGA